AUGGGCAUAAUCCUCAGCACGUUGGCAGGACUUGUCAUCCUGCGCCUUCUGUAUGAAUUCAGACGCGAUCGCAAACUCCCCCCCGGCCCUCGAAGACUCCCUUUCAUCGGCAACAUUCACCAAGUCCCCCAGGUGCUCCCAUGGCGCACCUUUGACGACUGGAGCAAGAAGUAUGGACCCAUCUGGAGCGCCCAGUUCGGAAGACAAACCAUGAUCAUGAUCGCCGAUCCCGCUAUCGCACGCGAGCUUCUGGACAAGCGAGGCAGCGUAUACAGCGAUCGGCCGCGGAUGGUGAUGGCCAAUGAAAAUGUCACCAAAGGCAUGCAUCUUCUCGUGCGCCAUUACGAUGAUCGCUACAGACUGCACCAGCGCAUGGAAGCGCCCGUACUGAGCCCUCGAGCAUCAUCUACUUAUCAUCCGAUCCAAGACCUAGAGAGCAAGCAGCUUCUUCACGAUUUCUUGGGAUCAAACGACUUCCAUAAGAUUAUCGAACGGUACAGCGUCAGCCUGCUAUAUGCAUUGACCUACGGGUUCCGACUAGAAACCGGCGACGAGCAAGAAAUCCACUCAGCCCGCGAGGUCCUCAGCAACUUCGUCUAUGCCGGUCGACCAGGAACAUGGAUCGUGGAUGCGAUUCCGAUCCUGAACAGACUCCCAGCCCCAUUCACCCCGUGGAAGAAAGAAGCCGAGCGACUAUUCAAGAUCGAAGCAGACCAACACAUGCGCAACAUGAACCGCGCCCUAACCAACGAGCCAUGGAACUGGACCAAGGAGUUCUCCAACUCCAAACAAGCACAGAUCAUGCCGCCGAUCGAGCUCGCAUACGACCUCGGCAUCCUCGCCAACGCAGGAAUGGAGACAACGUCCGCCGUCAUGCAGAUAUUCGUGCUGGCUGCAGUUACACGGCCCCGCUUCAUCAGCGUCGCGCAGGAAGAGCUCGACCGCGUGGUCGGAACUAACCGACUGCCUGAAUUCUCCGACAGAGAUAACCUGCCGUACAUCAUAGCCAUUGUCGAAGAGACGCUUCGCUGGAGACCGAUGGUUCCCGGGGGCUUUCCGCACGCCACACAGCAGGACGACACGUACAUGGGCUAUCGCAUUCCGAAGGGUGCGACAGUCAUUCCUCUUUUCUGGUCCAUGACCAUGGACGAGACUCGUUUCGAAAACCCGGAUGACUUUUGCCCGGAGAGAUGGCUGGAUAGGACCGAGGGCGGGUUCACGAAUUGGUUCGGUUACGGCAGGCGGGUGUGUACUGGGCGGCAUAUCGCGAUGAACUCUCUGUACUUGCUUAUUGCGCGGAUUUUAUGGGCUUACAAUAUUCGAGCGCGUGAGGGACCUGACGGAAAGCCGGAAAAGGUAGAUGAUAUGGCGUUUGGAUCAGGAUUCGUGUCUAUGCCAGAGCCUUUCAAUGCGCCCCCGAUGACCAAUUGGCCACCCAAGCCUAUGGGAACAUCCUGUCCUGCUGCGCAAUGA